UUUGGCCGCCGCCUCCCGUGUGACAUCUACUGGCACGGGGUGUCAUUCCACGACAGCAACAUCUUCUCAGGGCAGGUCAACAAGUUCCCAGGCAUGACAGAGACGGUUCGGAAGAUCACCCUGAGCCGGGCCAUGAGAACCAUGCGGGAUCUGUUUCCCCUGGAGUACAACUUCUACCCUCGCUCCUGGAUCCUGCCCGAGGAGCUGCCUCUCUUUGUGGCUGAGGUUCGUACGAUGAAAGACAGCAAUCCAUCCUGGAAGCCCACUUUCAUUGUAAAGCCUGAUGGAGGCUGCCAGGGGGAUGGAAUCUACCUCAUCAAGGACCCAAGUGACAUCAGGCUGACAGGGAGCAUCCAGAGCAGGCCAGCUGUGGUGCAGGAGUACAUCUGCAAACCUCUGCUCGUGGACAAGCUGAAGUUUGAUAUUCGCCUCUAUGUCCUGCUGAAGUCCUUAGAACCCUUAGAGAUUUAUAUAGCCAAAGAUGGACUUUCUAGGUUUUGUACAGAGCCCUAUCAAGAACCCACUCUCAAAAAUUUGCACCAGGUUUUUAUGCACUUAACCAACUAUUCACUAAAUAUCCAUAGUGGCAAUUUCAUCCAUUCUGCCAGUGCAAACACUGGCAGCAAGAGGACUUUUUCAAGCAUUCUCUGCAGACUGUCUUCCAGAGGAGCUGAUGUCAAAAAGCUCUGGUCAGAUAUAAUUUCAUUGGUGAUUAAAACAAUUAUUGCACUGACACCAGAACUGAAAGUUUACUAUCAGUCUGACAUACCAGCAGGAAAGCCUGGGCCAACUUGCUUCCAGAUUUUAGGGUUUGACAUUCUCCUGAUGAAAGACUUGAAGCCUGUGUUACUGGAAGUAAAUGCAAACCCCAGCAUGAGAAUAGAACAUGAGCAAGAGCUUUCUCCUGGAGUGUUUGAAAAUGUCCCAAGCCCUGUUGAUGAGAAAGUGAAAGUUGCUGUCAUCAGGGACACUCUGCGGCUGGUGGACCCUCAGAAAAAGAAGAGGAAGGAUACUCAGUGCCAGAGCCCCGAGCAGGCCCCGGGAGGCAGCGAGGAGCCGCCGGACGCCGCCCCCAGCCCCGAGGCCGCGCUGCCCUCGCUGUGCCUCAAGCAGGUGUUCCCCAAGUACGCCAGGCACUUCAGCUACCUGCGCCUCGUGGACAGGGUGGCCGCGCUGUUCAUCCGCUUCCUCGGCGUCAAAGGGACCACCAAGCUGGGCCCAACGGGGUUCCGCACCUUCAUAAGAAACUGCAAACUGAGUAACAGCAAUUUUUCAAUGGCUGCUGUAGAUAUCCUAUAUAUUGAUAUCACAAGGAGGUGGAACAGCAUGGGCAUUGACCACAAGGAAUCAGGUAGCCCAGGAAUGUGUCUGCAAGCCUUUGUGGAAGCUUUCUUCUGCCUGGCCCAGAAGAAGUACAAGGCGCUGCCGCUGCACAAGCAGGUGCUGUCGCUGCUGGAGCUGUGCGAGUGCCGCCUGGCCGCGCUGCACGGGAAGCGCCUGGUGUGGGGCUGCGGGCUGGCCCAGCCCCGCGGGGCGCUGCGGGCGGCGGGCACCGCGCCGGGCCCCGGCGCCGCCCGGCCCCACGGCCCCCCGGUGCUGCGGCUGCAGAAAUCAUCGCACCAGCUACGGGCGCUCAUGUGCCGCGACAGGACCGGCAGUUAA